UAGAGACGCCAUAGAUAUUUGGUACCUCAGGCCUCACUGAGCGCUCAGCCGGCAUUCUCAUGCGCUUCGUCCUUGCGUUGUUGUAAUUUCCUUAUUUGGACAAUGCAAUUAGCUUCUUAUUGUUACAUGCACUCUUAUUGUUCUCUAUAAUGUGAAGCUUGUCCCUCGCUUACCACGUUGACAAUGGUCGAUAUUUAAUGGGAUCCUCUGCGGACUGAUCCCCUUUGUCUCUGGUGGACCAAACAGUACUUGCUCCUAGAGGGGUGCAACCCAGUUUUAUUAAUCCCCGCUCCGCUUCGUUUUCACCUUUCACAGUUGUUCGACAGUGCACGACUUUCCCUACCGUCACUCUUUCUUUCACGACCAACAGCACCAUUGAAGCCGACGAAAUGCAGAAUUCCUUCAUCAUCAUUCGAGCCAUAUUUUUCAGUAAGCACACGAUAUCAGUAAAUGCGAUCCAGCCAGAUAACAUCGACGCAGCUCUCAUCCUUUAUUUCAAUUUGUUAGCCAUCAUAUUUGCGGGGUGGAAUAUCAUGUCCUCUACUUCUUCUGGGAUGCCAGUGCCUGGUGCAGCGGCAUUCCUUGUUGUAAAUGCUGCACUUAUAUUCGCCUUUACGAUGCUAGCAUAUUCGGCGGAGGUUAUAUGCCCCAAAGCGAGGCCUUCCCAGGUUAGAUUUGAGUGUGGCUGGACUGUAUUGAUGGGCGUGCUUCAGCUAGCUGCCAGCAUUUAUGUCACAACCGUUAGUCCCCAAGCAUUGUGUCAAUCGCAUUGUAAGUCCACGUGGACUAUCUGCGCUUCUGCAGCACUACUUAUGCCGAUCAGCUGGUUGGCUACGUUCAUCAUGCUCGUGUAUUGUAUUACACUAUGCGUAAUGGCAGCAACCCAUGUAUAUUUCCUGCCUACCCUUUGGAAAAUGCCUGUGACCGCGGUUCCUUGGUUCAAUCUCACCGAUUCGAUACCUGUCUCUUUUCCCUCGCGCCCAUUGUCGGAAAUCUCAUCGUCCACCUGGGCUGAAAGCGGCAGUUCUUGCAAGAUCUCCAAAUACAUCGCGGAUACUUGGGAAAGGCUCCAUAGAGUCGAAGGACGUGACAUCGAGCCCACAAAGCCUAUUCUGUUUUCCCGCAGUUGUCCGUCCAUCGAUUCUACUCGACCGGCGUGGGCGAAGCAGCUUGAACUCCAGACUCGGCGUGGCGUGGACCAACCUUUUUUGACACAACGCGUAUUGCCGUCCAGCAGCUCUCCAAAGGUACCCCUGCCGCCUCCAAAAGCUCGUGCUAGAGAGGUGUCGGGCCCGAAUAACUUCAAGUAUGCUGAGACUUCCAUGGAUUCGCAGUUGGAUAAAAAUAAAUCUUACUCAACUUUCACGCCACGGACGCCGACCAUCUUUCCAAAGAGGAUUGCAGAUCCUGAUCUGCCCAUCCCACGACCGCGAUUAUCUCAGUGGAUACCCGCUGACCCGGCCAACGUUGCUGAUCUUCACGCUGAACUCUGA